ACAUUGUGAACGUCUUUCUGGAACCAUUUUUAUUGUGACUUUUAUAUAUACAGCAAGCGGGCAUUUUCAUUUCAUUCAGCGGCAAAUUUUGUGAAAAUUACCGAAAACCCCGAAAAAUUGUUUUUUUUUCCGUGGAAUUUGUUGAAAUUUAGUGAGUAAACAAUUUCGAAGGAUUGGAAUGAGUCCACGUUCACGUAGCCGCAGUGCUUCCCCGCGUCGAAGCUAUACCAAGUCACCAGUGCGGCGCACCAAUGGACGCCGUCGACAUUCUAGAGAGAAAAAUUACAAAUCUCGUAGCCGUUCAGUUUCACGACACCCGCCUUCUCCACCGCCGCUGCCGGCAGGACGAAGCGGACGGUACUCGGACGCCAGUAAAAGUUCUACGUCACUCUCCCCACGACAUGGCCGCCGCUAUUCCCGUUCACGUACACGCAGCCCUUACGAUAAGCGCCGUGGAAAUAGGCAGGAAAAGCCUGUACAGAAUCGCUGCAUAGGGGUAUUUGGUUUGAGUGUGUACACAACCCAACAGAAAAUUCGCGAAAUAUUUUCCAGAUUUGGUCCAAUCGAAAGAAUACAAGUCGUUAUUGAUGCACAAACCGGCAGAUCCCGAGGAUUUUGUUUUAUUUACUAUGAAAAUGAAAACGAUGCUAAAGCAGCUAAAGAAGCAUGUUCAGGUAUGGAACUUGAUGAUCGUCGUAUACGUGUCGAUUACUCAACAACACAAAGACCACACACACCUACACCGGGUGUUUACAUGGGACGAAAUUCACGGCGUGAGCGUGAAAAUCAUGAUCGUUAUCGUGACGACCAUCGCUCCCGCCGUCGGUCGGUUUCACCUCAUAAGAGUCGAAACAGUUACCGCAGCGAUCGCAGACGUCGAUAUGACCGUAGCCGAAGUCGUUCCUAUUCACCGCGUCGUACACGCUAUUAAAAAUGUGCUGACGGAACAAAAUAAAACUGAUAACAUUAUUCGCAGAAGAAGAAAAAACACCCACUUUAGUAAUAUAUAUUUGUAGUAGUUGUGUCGCCAAGUUAUAGUUGCCUACAUUUUUGAAUGGAUAUAAUGUAAAAAUAGGCAAAGAAAAAAUCACAAGUUUUCACUAUACUGCAUAAUACAACAAAAGCAAAGCUACACAAAACGCAUAAUCAGCUUACGAUUAAAUUAUAUUAGAAUUGCGGGCGAACUGGCAUCGAAUAUUUCCAUAACUCCGCAUCGUUAAUUUUUCAUUCAACAUUUUCUCUCAAGACGCAUUACAAAACAUACCGUAUGCGUCUUACCCGUCAAAUGCUAUGUAUGUACAUGAAAUAAAAUGUACGUUUAAAAUUGUCGCAUUCAAAAAGUGUUCAACAACACGAAUGAAUUAUAUCGCCUAAAUUUUGGCUUCAGUUUAAUUUCUUUACUAUUACGGCUUAUUUACAUCGUUCUAUUAUCUUUUGAUUAUCAUAGUUUUUAACAAUUAACAUAUUUCAUUUGAUGAUUUACAAGCACUACCGUCUCUCACUUUAUGUUUAGUAGUAUAUAGAGUAGUAGCAUUGCAGUUUUCUAAUUCAACAACUGGAAACCGCAAGCCAGCUAAAUGUUUUGAUGUAAUCACACUUGCAUUGCCUAAUUCAUAUUACUAUUCUUAAAUGUAUGUAUGUAUGCUCACUAGACAUAAUAUAAAAUAUAUAAUUGUGGGGGAGACGUUUCGCGCCUAUUUUUAUAUAUGUAUUAUAUAAAAAUUGCGAGACUUGCAACUUUUGUUUAUUUGUACUUUAAUUAGUUUUAAUGUUUACUAAUACGUUUUGAAUAAAAGAAGACACAAACGGGUA